AUGGCAGCAGCAACUCUAGACCACCAAGAUGACGACACCCCCAUGCUCGAUGUCCCCCACCCGGCAUUGGACAAGGGCAAGUCGAAGGCGAGCGCGAGUGCAAGUGCGAGCAGCGGUCUGGACGCGUUGGCGAUGGAUGUCAUGCCUUGGGUUGAGAAGUACAGGCCGGUCACGUUGGACGAUGUGGUGGCUCACAAGGAUAUCAUCUCGACUAGUACGUUCUCGGUCCGAGGCGGCUCUCACCCGGCGAGCAGGAGAGCCCUGGACUGGCGAGGACGACCCCGCACGGGUCAGCCGGAUCAGACGAGACUGAGAUGUUCAAACACCCACUUUACCCCUUGACGCAGUUGAUCAAUUCAUCGCCAAAUCGAGGGUACCCCAUCUCCUCUUUUACGGCCCCCCAGGAACAGGCAAGACCUCGACGAUCCUCGCCGUAGCGCGAAAGAUCUAUGACGGCAACGAAGCGAGCAUGAGGAACAACUGUCUCGAGGUGGGAUACACUCGGCUUCAUACAAACCGUUUUCCUCACCUUGAAGUGACUGAACUUGUGCUCUGGGAUACUGGCAAUCUCCACAGUUGAACGCCUCGGACGAUCGUGGUAUCGACGUCGUACGGGAGCAGAUCAAAAACUUUGCCUCGACGAGGAUGUCCAAUGCUGGAACGCGAGUCCGAAACCCACCUUCUUCCCUCGGCCUAUUCAACCCUUGCUGACUUUGCGCUCUUCUUCGAUGAGGACAGUGCCGGAUUCAAAUUGAUCAUUCUUGACGAAGCCGACCAGAUGACCUCGGCCGCUCAAUCCGCCUUGCGACGAGGUGAGCUUGCUCGAAUCUCCCGAACCGAAAGAGGAAGUUCUCCACUGACCGAGAGUCUUUCUCCUCGCAGUCAUUGAACAAUACACCAAAAACGUCCGCUUCUGCAUCAUCUGCAAUUACGUCAACAAAAUCAUCCCCGCCGUGCAAUCGCGAUGCACUCGCUUCAGGUACCAAUCUUUUGGACAUUUUAUUGUCCGUCCGCGGCAAGCAAUGCUGAAUAUUGUCUGGUAUUCCUGCAGGUUUGGUCCUCUACCCCGGCCCGAAGUGGAGAAGCGACUCAAUCAUGUUGUUGAUGCUGAAAAGUACGUUUCGUCGAUGGCUCGGACAGAAAGUUGGGGGGCUGAUGCUGUUUUCCUCUGCGGUUACUUUCUUAGGGUCAAUUUGACCGAAGACGGACGGCAGGCACUGCUGAAGCUCUCGAAGGGGGAUAUGCGACGCUCUCUAAACGUACUGCAGGUCAGUGUUCGGGCUCUGUUGAGUUGGGGCGUGUGCCGCGCCAGUGCUGAAAUUUCGUUCUCGCCGCUCCAAUGAUAGGCAUGCCACGCCGCAUACGACGUCACGGACGAAGCCGCCGUCUACAAUUGUACCGGCAACCCCGAUCCAGCCGACAUCGAAGCCAUCAUGCAAUCGAUGAUGAACGAAUCCUUCGAGACCUCGUAUCGACGCAUCUCGUCGCUCAAGAUGGACAAAGGUUUGGCGUUGCAGGAUAUCAUUCAAGGGUGUUUUGAUUUCGUCGCGACAGUCGAGUUUCCGAGGCAGACGAGGGUCGUCUUGUUGGAUCAUUUGGCGCAGGUCGAGUGAGUGAUUGAUCCCCACACCGGACGGUCGGAAAGGGCCAUAUGCCAUAUCGCUGAUCCUCCUGAAUCUGUCCCGCUGAUUAGGCACCGCUUAUCGACCGGCGCGAGUGAGAAGUUGCAGUUGACGGCCCUGCUGGGAGCGACCAAACUCGCUAUCGAACUCAGUCAGAACAAGUAA